GACUGUUCAUCAUUUUUGAAUUUUGAAAUCUGUCAGUAUUUUGGUUUUGAAGAAAAAUGGUUGGGGUUUCAAAGCGGUUAAGUAUAGAAGAUUAUGCCGAUUUCUUUCAGAAUCCUCAGCAGCAUUAUCUCAAUAAGCAACAUCUUAACCAGAUACUGAGCAUGCAUGGAUAUCCGACACUGAAAGUUCCCAGGGCUGAUUUGAUGGAAGAAUUGAAAACAUUGACAAUGGAAUCACCAUUCAGAUCAACACUGAGAGAGAAGAAUACAUCUGCAUCUGCUUCACUUCUUAAUCCUGAUGAGAUUAAAAAAGACCUUGCAACUAUCCGAUGGAAUGAAUGGUCAAUUGAUUCCGUCCAAAUUCACAGAUCUGGUGUUUCUUCCCCUGUUGAAGAAGAACGUCAAUAUUCCGUCAAGUUUGUUAAUUCAGCAGAGAAAUCAUCAAAAACUAAGAGACAAGGUCUCACUGAUAUCUCUAAUCUACCUGCAGCAGCUAAUCUCAACUCGUCAAACUCUAAACAGGUUCAACCAAAGAAGAAGAAGAAAAUAUCACCAGAUUCCGAUACGCCGGCGGCAACAACUGUUCAAGGUCUCACCGAUAUCACUAAUCUGCCUUCAGCACCUAAUCCCAACUCGUCAAACUCAAAACAGGUUCAAGUUCAACCAAAGAAGAAGAAAAUAUCACCAGAUUCCGGUACGCCGGCGGCAACAACUGUUCAAGGUCUCACUGAUAUCUCUAAUCUGCCUUCAGCACCUAAUCUCAACUCGUCCAACUCAAAACAGGUUAAACCAAAGAAGAAGAAAAUAUCACCGGAUUCGGAUAUGGGUGGUAAAAGGAAGAAAACGAUAAGUGGAGCUCUUGAUUGGUUAUCUUCACGGUUAGUUGUCAGUAGUACUGAAAUGAAAUCACACGGUUCAGAUGUUCUUUAACUUAACAAUGGUGGAAAAUAUAUUAACAUCUGUUGUGGUCUUGACGAUAAAGCUUCCUUUUCUCUUUAGGUUGGUCUGUUGUUGCAAGUGUAAUGAUCUUGAAUGCAGUGUAGUGUGACUAUCUUGCUUCAGGUUUAAUCUUGUUCUUGAAAUGGUCCCAAGUCAAUCGAAUUGAAAGAAGUUGGUCCGUGUUUUGAAUUA